UUGGAUUCAGUUUCGGAAAGCGAGAGGAUGGCAAACAUGUAACGGAACAACUGACUGCGAGCAGCAGAGAAGCAUCAAAGGACGUCGGCUUUUUUACGACGUGCGAACAGCUGUCAACAGAAUACACUCAAUAAAUUCAUGAAAUUCGAAACAGCACCAAGGCAGCCGACCGUCAAGUCCAGCAGAGCGGAUGCGCGUCGGAUCCAGAACCAACAGACAGGAUGAACUGAGACAUUACGCGCGAGAGGUUGCCACGGGCACGUUUGGGCUUGACCUCGGCGGAGAUCGUUUCUUGGGACAAGCGGCUCGCACGGUGAUGAUGUAUCAAUGAAGAAUGUCACUGCGACCGACUCUGUCCAAACAGGGUUGAUGAAGCCCUCGGCGGUGUCAUGCGUCUUGCCCCGCAGCCAAGCGCGCAACCCCUGCGGCUUCUAGUUCUGCUCCUCCUCGCGAAAGCGGUCCCCUCAUCCCCGGUAAUCUCCACUGGCUGCCCGGACAGGUGCGUGUGUGACGACCAACUUGUGGUCCAGUGCGCUGGGCAGCAUCUGACCACCUUCCCGGUCAACCUUCCGCUGGCCACGCGGCAGCUCAUCAUCUCUAACAACCGUAUUGCGGAGCUGCCGCCUCUCGCGCUCAACUACCUCUCUGACCUGGUGUACCUGGACUGCAGCAACAACUCUCUGACGGAGAUCUCAGAGUCCACUUUUGGGAAUCUACGCAAGCUGGCCUACUUGGACCUCUCCUUCAACACUCUGACCCGGAUCGAGGACAGGACGUUCGGCCCCUUGGCGAGCUUGGUGAUGCUGAGGAUGACGGACAAUCCGGGACUCUCCGAAAUUCACCCGGACGCUUUUGGGGAGAACGCGGCCCUUCAGGUACUCGAUGUGAGCCGAAACAACCUGACGGUCUUCAACAUCACCUCCUUGAUCGCGCUGCCCGCUCUGCGCUCAGUGGGGCUCAGCGGGAACCCGUGGAGCUGCGAAUGCGACAACGAGGACCUGUCCUUGUGGGUCCAUCUGGAGGGCUUCAAGUUCCAAGAUGAGGGCCAGACGGUGUGCGGUUCACCUGCUGAUACUCAGGGCCGUCGCCUGGGGGAGGUGGGCAUCCAGCUACGGACGUUAUGUCAUCAGACACUCGGCUCCUGGGACUACCUUUUCUUUGUUGUCAUCGGCUUUGUCAUCUUCGCUGCUGGCACCGUGUCGGCCUGGGUGAUGGGUGUCAUCAUGGUGCUCUAUGAGCGCUACAUCAAGAAGAAAGACGAGCAGCUCGAGAUGGACGACGAGGAAGAAAGCAUUGAGACAGGCCGCGCUGCGAGCACCAGGAGUGGCCAUGACAAUGGGAAUUUAAAAACUUCACAUACUGUUUAAAACAAAAAUCCCACCCCUCUCGCCAUGGAUUCCCACAGUGCCUCCUUUCAACUUCCACGACUGUCUGAGAAGUCUCAUGAAACUGGGUCCGUUUAUCAGGCUCGGAUCUGUUAAUGAAUGGAACAAGGAAUGUGUUUCUAUCAUUUUUAGUGGGCUUCCAGGUGUUGUUACACACACUGUAGUCGCCAUAGUGGAGGUCUCCAGUUCUUGGGUAAUACAUAGACUAUGUAUGCAAAUAUAUGACCACAUAUUUUGUUACUUUAUGUGCAAAGUUAGCAUUAAAAAAACUCAAAAACAACAUAUCUCAGAAAAACUCUGAAUAUGUUUUCACAGAGAUAUUUCUGACUGAUCUUCACAUCAGUUUAAAAUCAGCUUUUCGAAAUUUUAAAGUUUAAAAGUAAAAAAAAAAAGUCAAGACAAGGCAAAGAUAGAAUCUUAAGCUAAAAGUAACCUACCCCCAGGUUACCUGUGAACUGCGACCUGCACUAUAGUAACACCAGUUGAAAUAAAGACGGAAAACGUGGCUUACAGUUUGUGCUUUGCUGAUGAUAUUGUUAACACUGAGUAGGAAAAGUGUGUUUUUGUGACUGUAGUUGUAGUUUUUUUUCUCCAGAUCAGUUUGUCUUUUUUAUUGGUACAUUUUUCACUGAAUAUUCCUCUAAGAUGCUUUAUUAUGGUUAUUUUAUGGAUGUACUGAGGAAAGCUGGAUACCAGAACUAAAGAUGUUGACGGCUUGCUUGACAGAAACAGAGCUCUAACUGGAUUUGUAGCUCAGUGAAGGAGCACAAAAGUAUUUUCCUCCAAAAAAGACCUUCACCUACUGUCUACAGCUAUUGGCCCAUAGCUGUUUCACUGCAUUGAUAUCAUAAAAAUAAAACUCAUUGAUAACGUUUAUAGGAAAAAUAUGUUUUGGGCACAGAAGAUCUUGAUCACUGUGAAAAAUGAACAACACAAACUUUUUUUUAUUAAAAGACAGACAUUUGCUGAUGUUGAAACCAGAUGUGACAAGAAAGUGGUGGAUCUGAGUGAGAAAUGGAGGGACACUGCACACUCAUACAGUAAUGAUUUAUAAACCAUCUCUAAAGGGGAUCAUGGUUUACAAACUAAACAUCAUGCUAUAUUCAGUAAGAAUUGAAACUAGCAUCUGAGACCAUAUAGCUAUUAUUUAAAAAAAAACCAACUCUUAAUGAAGUCAAAGACAGCGGGAGUUGAAGGGCGGUUUUUGCCAUAAAUUAUUAAACUGCUGAACUCCUGUUUGGAAACUGUGUAGUCGCCCCCUGCUGGCCACAAGAAAGAAUCAGGUUUAAGGCAUUUUCACAUUAGCUUUACCUUUUAGGAACACAAGCUACAUCCAUCUUUGAUAUACAGUCUAAGGAGCAGCAAUGCUGAAUACAUUCAGAGGUUUAAACUUAUAAGGAAAUUAUAGCAAAAUAAUCCCACUUAAGACAUUUAAGAGCUAAACAAAUGUGUGUGGAUAAGUUUAGACAUCUAAGUCGGACAAUUAUAUCUAAGCCAUAGUCAAAAUAUCCAUGCAUCCAUGCAUCCAUCCCACCAGCUGUCUGGCACAGAGAGACAGACAAUGGCUCACAUUCGCACCUACAGCUAGAUUAGUUCUAAAUCUAUGAGUUAAAACCAACCAUCAAAGAAAAAAUGUUGCUGUUUGCGUUCCAUUGUCUUAAUACCAAGCUAGGCUAACCAUGUACUGGCUUUAUAUUUAGUGGAUGGAUACAAAUAUGCCUCUCACUCAAAAAACAAAAAUGAAUUCAUCUUGCAUUACCAUCAUUUUUUACAUGUCUGGUUUACAGCAUUCGCUAAAAAAUCCAAUAGAAGGAAACUAGAAAUGUUUGCCAAAUCUUCUGUAGUAACUAUAGACCCAGUUCAAAUAUACAAAACAUUUUCCUAGUAUUAUAAAAUGCACAAACACUGUUUGGUUAAACCAUACAGCCAUCUUAUAUAGAAUUGUUUUGUUUACACUGACAGUUUUCUCAAGGACCUCCAUGAUGGCACUAACCAAAGCAAUACAAUUGUGACACAGCGCGAGCUCCUCUGUGUAACAUUAUAAAUGUCUUGUUGUCGCUCCACCCACAGGUAUGACAGGAAGGAGAGGAGGAACUUUUUUUAAGGAGUGCAUUUAUCCCCAUGUAUGUGACAGAGUGUACGAUGUAGCUUUAUGUGUGACUCUGCACAGUGAGAGUGUCAGUCCGUGCACUGCUGGGGCAUGAUUUUGUACUGUAAUCCAUCUUUCCCUUGAUCAUUAGCCCAGAAACAAACUGCUGUGGCCGUAUUUGUGUUAAGGUUCUACAGUUGUUGUGAAGUGGAGAGAGCCCACAAAUGCCAGCUGCUGAGAUCUGUUUUGGCAGUGGGCCCUGCUGGAUGGCGAGAAAACAGGACAAUGUGAUAAGUGAUUUCUACUCUGUUGGGUUGGAGUGCAGUGUCCUAUCUACUUCUGCAUGCACUGUUAAUGCACCAAAAAGCCUUACAAGGUGUGUAUACGUUCAUUAAAGAAUGAAAUAGGAUUUCCUGUAACAUAUGAAAACAUCCUAUUUGUGAUCAUUUCAAAAUGCUUAAAAAAAACAAUUCUUUGUAUUUUUUGGUGACUGAGUUACUGUGCAAAGACAAACAUUAUUUAUGCCCAAAAUAGCAAACAUGAACACUUGCUGUGCUUCAGGUUUCCAUGUCACAAACCUUCCAUGCUUUUAAUACUUAUCUGGAAUUGCUCUCCAUUGACCCUGACUUUAGUAUCAACUUGCUUCAACCGAGACAUCAGUCUGCCUUUUGUAUGUGUACUGUUCCUGUCUCAGAAUUAUUCAUUUGAUUAAAGAAAAAAAAAGCUAUGACAGACAUGCGAAGGAUUAGAUCAGAUACUUUUUUCCUGUGUUUGAAGUCAAAUGUUUAGAUGUAUCCAAGUAUAACAUAUCGCAGAAUUGAAAGCAAAGCAGAAAAGAAAUACUUUACUGAAGAUAUUUUGAGACACACACACAUUAAAUCAAAUUAACGAGAGCCAAAAUAUAUUUAGCUAUACAAUACUUUGUUUCCAUGGCUUUGGGUUUAAUUUGCUAUUCUGAUAAUGUCAAGGUCGACUGAAUGUGGCAGGAUUUGUGUGCCGAAACAUGUGAAGGUUUUUUGAACUGCAACUGCACAAACUGAUGCCUUUCUGUAAUGUGAUCUACAUCUAAUAGUGAGAAACCUUUCUUCACACAUUUACUGGCACUUCCAGUCACAUAUUCUUGUGAAUUGUCCAAAAAGAAAAAAAAAGGUAGGGUUUUAUAUUUUAUGUGAUGAAAUGAAUGCACAAUAAUAGCAUAUUAUAAACACAGUAUUUAUGGAUGUGUCAGAGGUGGUGUCACAGGUAUUUUAUUUUUGGUCACCACAGGCCUUUCACGUAGCAAACACAUGGCAGCGUUUGAUGUACAAAGGUUUUCUUGUUGCAUUCCUUAAGAGCUAUUAAAAGAAGAAAGCAAAUAUAAACCACAAACAUAAGACAGUCAGAAAAUAAUUCUAAUUUUUUGUUGCUUGUUUUCUCUUGAGAGAGAGAGAUGAUUGGAAUUAAUGCUGACUCAUAACAGUAUAUAUAAUUAUGCAUGUACCGAUGUUUUGAUUGGUACAUGCAUAAUUAUAUAUACUGUUACUUCAGCAGUAUGCUGAGAUGCCUUCAGUCCUGUGCUCCUGAUUGCUUCUAUGGCUUUGGGUGGAAUAUUUGCAUGGGUUCUGUCAGUAAUGCAUUGCUUAAUGUGCAGGUCUAUUCAGGUCUCCAUACUAAACUCUCAUAUAUACACAUACAUACAUAAACUCGAUCAUUUUGACUGUGAGCCUGUGUUAGUUUCUGCUGCAGCUUACUGAUUAGGCCAUGCGAUGCCACAGGCAAGGGUGAGGGUGCAGACUGGAAAUAGGAUAGCUGAUUGCCCCAAUUCAUGUCAGCACAGUGACACACAUGAAAUGACAAGGAAAACCCACGUCUCCCUCUCCUAAUACACGUACACGCUGCAGUUGCUGUUCGUUUACACAAGGUGAAGGUUUGCAAAGCUUGGUUUUGAGUAAUAACAGCUUCCUGUUGCAUAGCACGUGAAUGAGCUGAAUUUCAAUAUUUAAGUGGAUGAAGUAAAAUGGAACAUUUUGCACUUGUUACACCCCCGUGCUUCACGGUCAACCCAUACUUAGGCACACGUAUGCUUAAACACACAGAGACAGAAGCCUUGGUUCUGCCUCUAAUUUCCCCUUGGGGUAGAAAGACUCUUAUUAACACUGAUUCUGACAGCGAGUACAAUAGUAUUGUUUCGCAUCACAAACAAAAUUGAUAUAAUUUGCUUUCUUUCUGAUGGUAAAAUAAAGUAGAAAUCUUUCUCUUGUCUAUCUGAUGAAAAGCCAGCAGGUUAUUAACAUAGCAUAAAAAUAGGGGAAGACAACUAGCUUAGCUCUUGGAAGGAAACUAAGCUGGCAUAACACAAAGGUAAAAAAUUUAAGUGGGUUUAAAAAGUGCUAGAUGAGUUGAUUACUUAACUUUGAAGACCAGCAGUUUUUUAGUGUAUGAUGGUUACACACCAACUAGCACAACUGCAGCUACAUAGCACCAGAACAGGUGUUCAAAGGGCAGAGUAGUAAUGCAAGAGAAGCGAUUCUUUCUAUUCACAGAACCAUAAAAGGAUUUAAAAGCUGCCAUUUUUAUUUUAUAUAGGACUGCAGUGCUCCUUUAAACAAAAAUGUAACAUUCAGUUGGCAGGUUGGGUUAGGGUCGCUUUUUCCUUCUGGUUCCAUGUUAAUCUAAGUUCAGCAGCAACUGGCUACAGCAUCACAUUAACAUACAAACCUGAGGAGCAACAAUCAUUUGAUCUGACCAUUGGCAAGUUAGCAAGUAGUAAGAGCACAUUUCCCAAGAUGUUGAACUGUGGCUUUGAAAUAAUAGCAGUACUUAAGGCAGCUGUGGUGCUUGCGAAUGGAUGUUUGUUUUCAUUUUCAUAUCCCAUCAUUCAAAAGCCAAGCUGAGGCAGUGGUCAGGAUGUGCUCCAGGACAGAGAUGCGCCCAACUGGAUAUGGUCACAUUACAGCUGUGACUGCGAGCCAGUUCAGUAAAUAGACAAGGAAAUGCAAACGGCUACUGGACGCAGAAGCUCCUGCAGCCCUGCUUCCUGCUCAUAUUUUUGCACCAUUGUGUGCACCCACUGAGCUGGAGGCAAACAGGCCAAUGUAAAAAUGCCUGCAGAUGGGAGAUGUGACAUGAAGUAAGACUGGCUCUAACCGACCGUAAUAGCCCUCUGACACAUCUACUUACAAACAUGCUCACUUACACACAGUCAUGCACACACACACACAUCAAAUUGGAAAAUAAUCCUUUAGUCAUGGAAUAGUGGAAUGACUUAAACUGAACUUGGAGAUGAGGGGGAUAUUUCCACGGAAGGGUGGAAAUCUGGUGUCAGUGUUACAGCUGUUACGUGAGAAUUUCAUCAUUAAUCAGACCCAAAUUAAUGUUAGCUGAGACAAAUCUGCGAUACAUGCUGUACGCCUGUAAAGAAAAUACUUUAACGUAUAUAAACGUAUGAAUGCAUUUCUUUUGCAUGCAUUUGUGAACACACGAAGGCUAAGGAGGGUUCUUGUUUUAUACUCCGAGUUACUUUCUGACCACAGAAGGAUCAGGAUCUGCAAACACUGGUUUUCCACCAGUUUUGCUUCCCUCAUUUCCUCCAUUGUGAUCUCAGUACAUUCUCAAAGCAAAUUAUUUGUGUUGUGGGAUUUGUUGCAAAAUAACAUUACUGUUUGAUUUGAUUUCUGUCACAUGCAGUAUAUGGUAUAUAUUUUAUUGCAGUAUAUAUUCUAUUGGACUCAAUAUUGACAACUUCUACUUAUCCCUUCCUUGGAAAGAGGCUAUUGAUUGAUUGCCUUCACUUGGCAAAGAAGAGGAUGGUCCUGCUGCUGUUACACACUGUAUUUCCACACAGGCUCAGGGGCCUGCCAACUCUGUAUCCUUCCCCAGCAAUAAAAGGUCAUUGGAGAGGAGAUGGUGUGUCCUUUUGUGCGUCACAGUUCUGCCUGGAGAAGUGUUUUUUUCUUCUUUUUUUUGUUUCGCCUUCUUAGACGUCUCCUCUCCUCCUCUUCUUUUCUUGAAACGUGUUUUCUUCCGCUCUUGCUCUGUGGGUAUGUAGAAGGCUAGUCGGUGUCUAAUUAGCUUCCAAGUCAAAAACCUGUAAAGCCAAUAGGCACAUAUGCACUGCAGAGACCGUCGCACACAAGUUAAUAGGCACACAGACAUUCGCAGCUGGAGAUGUGUUGCAUUUUACAUUAGUGUAUUCUGGGCACCCAGGCCAGUGCACAGUUGUUUUAAUCCAAUGGAGCUGGCUGCACAAGUGAGAUAACGAGAUGCUUACUCACACUAAGCUCCAACUCAAAAGCAGCACAAUGGUAUUUCAGACUGAGACAGGCACUUUGCAAACUGGUCUGUGGUAUUUUUUGCACAUACAACUGGCAUGAAAGGGACUUUAAUUUUCAUUUGACUGGCUCUGUUCCUCUUAUCUCUUAAAUGUCUCUUUAUCCCUCCCUUGCUUUAUUUGUCUCUUAUAUAUUUUGGCCAUAUGGCCAGAAAUAUCUGCACCUGCCAUUUUCCCUAUUGACAUGCCUAUUUCUAGCUUUUUGCCAAUCUCCACCCUUCUCUCUUUCUCUGAACAGAAUACUUUCUUGCUGUCUGAUAAAUACCAACAAUGAGUUAAGCUUAGCUUAAUACAAAAAAGCUUCUUAUCUAAUUCAUAUACUGUACAUUAACUGCUUCUAGCACUGAUAGUCUUGCAAAUUUUUGCUUUAAUACUUCAAUUUUUGGAGCAAAUGAAAUAAUGUAGUGACCUUCAGGAUUGCUUGCACUGUAUGUGUGUGCAUUUUCACAUCAAAAAACACCUCUUGGACAUCUUUGCACAAUACAGCUGCAUUCAGCUUUUAUGCUCCUUAUAUCUGGAAAAAACUCCCAGAA